AUGUUAAUAUCGAUUAAACCGACAUAUUACGUAUUAUGCAGUAAUUUAAAUCCAAAAAAUGAAGCUAAUAAAUAUAAUUUAGAAUAACUAACUAUGAAUCUAGAUCAAUAUUAAUCUACAGAAGAGAAUUGGUCUCAAUAAUCUUGGAAUGAAAAUGAGUUAUUUGAUAUUUCAUCUUCUCCAAUACAGUUUGGUCGUUAAACCCUCAAGAUUAAAUAUGAUAAUAACUUAAACUAUUUAGAUUUUCGUAGUUAGAUCUAAUAGGUUGAAUAACUUUCAGAAGAUCAGGAUUGUAAUCUAAUUUCUAUCGAUUCUGUAAUUCCUUAAACAAUAAAUAAGAUCAAAAAGAAUAAGAAAAUUAAAAACAAAACAAUUACAAAUUUAUAUAAAGAAAUAUUUUAAAGAAUUAUUGACAACACGAAGUCUAAAUAAGAAGCCCUUCAAAAAUUAUAGUAGUGUUAGAAUAUGAAAGUCAUGAUAGAUGAAUUGGAAAGUUCUUUGAUGAAAAUUAAGCAUGUUCUUCUUCUGACAACUAAAACUAAUGAAUGCUGA